GUGAAUCGACCAACAGCUGUUUCCCGCCAAUUAUUACUCAUUCUUCUCUGGCUACGACAACCUGAUCGUAAAUCCGGAAUACAACUGUAAAUAUUGUUUAUUUUUGGAAUAAGUGGGACAUAAUUUUUAUUCGAAUAUGUCAGUUUAUCAUAGAGGAAGUGAGAGGAGGAAAAUGUUGACGGAUUAUCGCAUCCGAGAGGAGGAUUAUACGACAGACUUUGGGAGACAUCAGACUCUUUCACCUCCCCCACCGUUGGAAAAAGAAAAGAAAAUGAGGCGUGAAAUUGCUAACAGUAAUGAAAGACGUCGAAUGCAAAGCAUCAAUGCUGGGUUUCAGUCUCUGAAAACACUUAUACCCCAUCAUGACGGAGAAAAAUUAAGCAAGGCUGCCAUUUUACAACAAACAACCGAUUACAUUCAAGCAUUAGAACAAGAUAAAUCUAAGUUGAUUGCUCAGAACACCCAUUUAAAGCGCAUUUUGAGUGAAUUUGACGUUGGAGAGAGACCCCUGGAGGUGGUGUAUCAUGAUUCCCCACCUCCCAAGCGGAAGAAGCGAGACACCGAAUCAUCUGAUGAAGGUAUAUCAUCAGACUAUGAUGCUUUGGAGGACAUUAAGCGAGAAAUGAUAGAAUUGAAGUGUCAGCUAGAACAAGAACGUCAACUCCGUAUGAUACUUGAAGAGAAGGAGGCCCAAGAGAGAAUUAGACAAUUGGCGUCGCGGGUCAAAAUGCAAGUUCAAAUGCAGAAGGAUAAAAUGAUUUACAUGGAUCCAAUAGACGAAGAAAGGCAUGGACUUAUUGUGAAAUCUGAUUGCGAAGGUCCAAUGUCAGAAUCAAUGUCGCGCAGGAAUCUAGAAACAAUAGUUGAAGCCAUCCGUCAUCUGGAAGGUGACGGCCUACAACUGCCACCUGAUGUGUCCGAUAGACAUUGUGACGAAAGGAUGAUCAUUCCGCAUAGUGAGGACAGUGAGAAAGACAGUGAAUCUGAAGAUAUAAAAUCAGAGUGUUCCAAUAGAGCCUCCCCUAUUUCCUAUGUUCAACAAGACAGAGAAUCAUCCCACAUGCGUUCAUCAAGUCCGCACCAAAUUUACCACAAAAAUUACCCCAUUGCAAGGAACCUACUGCAUGGUAAUAUGGCAUCACAGUUCUAUUGUCGACCAGGUGUUAUAGUCCAAAAGUUAUAGGCCGAAAUUACACUCUUGUUGUAGAGUUCGGUUGCCAACAUCAUAUCAUCUGUUCAUCAUCAUUGUUGUACAUAUAAUCAUCAGCCUUGCAUCACAAUAGGUGCAUGCAUCACAUAAAGAUGAAAACAAACAAUCCUGUCAAGAAAGCUAAAAAUAGAUAACCAUGAAAUAGAAAUGAAUAUGAUAACAUAGGCAGAAUUACAAUGGUCUAGACAGACAGAAUAGAUCUUGAUUUAUAAAAGGCAUCAUCAUGUUAAGUGCUCAUUAGACAGCAAUUUCCGAUUGAGUUAUCGAUGCCACAAGAAGGUGAAAUCUGAUUAUGUAAAUCAAGUGAAUUGUAUAUGUUAAAAUCAUUGCACCAAAAAGAGUUGCUUCAAACGAAACAUUUUAGUUCUAGAAAGGAAUUCUAUUAAUGUUAAUUGCCAAAAAUUGACAAAAAAGUAUAAUACACAUACCUGUAUCGGGCAAUUAUAAAUUGAAUGUCUUAUUUAUAUGAAAAGGUCCAAAUGUUUUGACAAUACAUGUAUUUAGCAAGCACCAAAAAACUGAAACACAGCCUGAAAAAGUUUGGGCAAAAGAACUGACGACCUGCUAGUGUAUUUUGUAUUCCUUUUAGCUACUGUCCAUGAGUGUAUUUGUAAAUGUACUUCUGUUCAUCAGUCUGUCCAUCAAAGGGUUUUUUGUUUUCAAAUCAGAAGUUUGGCUACACUGUGUGUAUACAAUGAAGUCUUGCUUUCAAAUAUCUGCUGUAAGCAGCAUUCCACUUUUUUUUACUGCCUUAUCUGUACAUGUAUAUAUGAAUUUGCACCGCCUUCAUUAAAAGAAGGCAUUAAUUGUAUUUGUAUAAUUGUAAAUGGUUAACAAUGGUCCAAGAUCUAGGAGAAUGAAACACAGAUUUGUGUUAAACUUCAAAUUGUUGAUGCAACACCAUUUUUUUAUGAUUUGUUUGGAAAAAAAUGUGCUAUUUUAGUGCUUGUACAAAUUUGUUUUUCUUGACUGAAUGCCAUUAGAAAUGGAUUGCUUGUUGAUAAACACACCUAAUGUAUACAUGCACAUGUAACAAUGUUUUAAGAUAAAAGCUCUGUUAUAAUUGUUUGUUUGAAUGAGGUUUGUGUGUGGCUGAUAAUUUGUGCUGUCCACAUGUUGCCAUUUCCAUUUUUGGGGGGGUUUAAACAAAAACAAAACCAUAACUUUUUCCAUAAAUGGAAAUGGUAACAUUAUAAGGCGGACGUAUUGUUGGAAGAUUAUUCUUGUCUCUGGUAUCACUAAGAAAGAGUGGAGUUUGUAAUGAGGUUCAAUAAUGUAGAACAUUAAACUUUUGCAAGAAUUUUUCUACUACAGCUUCACAAGUUUCACCUAUGUGGACCAUAAUGGACUCAUCCAGAUCAAUGCAUGGUAGAGUUUACUAAAGUUACAUAGGGAUGAAAGGGUUAAUUAUAUAUAUGUAUAUCAAGAACUGAAGAAAAUAAUUUAUACUAAAAAAUCCCUUUUUUGUGAAAACAAUAAAAUGUGCACCAAUUUUGGGAAAAUACAUUUGAAAUUUUCAAGGGAACAGAGCCAUAAGAUGGACUCCAAAUGAACUGGGGCCUGGGGAGUACACUAGUACAAACCUAUCGGGGAGGCCAGAUGCAGGGUAAUCCUGGAGGGGGCCAUUGACCCCAUGUAAACUGAAUCCAUGUUUAGAUUAUUUUUGAUUUUACAAAGAAUGGCCCCUCUUAGUUUUGAUGUUGACCAAAAAAUGUUGGAGUGUCCCACUGCUCUUAAGUUCCAGGAUUUUCCCUUGGCUGUAUAUGUAACAGCAAAUGUUUUUCAUUGUCUACUGAUAUAUCCACAGUAUAACUUUGUGAUACACAACAAAUGUUUUGUGUUCUACAGUAUUUUAUUGUAAUUUAUUUGUACACAAGUUGUUGAAAAAGUUGAUACAGAAAGAUGACUUUAUAAAGAUAAAUACCAGAAACUUCAUUUCUUUUUUUACCUUGGUCCUAUCAUUUCACAUUUGUAAAAUUCCACCAUAAAAUGAUGUACAUGUGUUAACUUCGAUUUAUCCAUAAGUUCAUGAGAGUGAUCAAGAACUUAACUAAAUGCACAUGACAAUGCAAGCUAAAACUGGGUUUACUUCACAAUGAUGCCUAGGGCUAGGAAUACAGUGGCUGAAAUGGUUUUUCUUUUGUAAUAGAUAUUAAAGUAUGCACAUGGUUAGAUAUAUUGAAAUCUGGGGCAAAAAUUUCACAAGAAUUUGUUGAUUCGUUAAAGUGGUACUAAUGCCAAUUUCUGAUUUUGUCAAACAAAAAAAAUGAUGACUUCUAAAGUAAGAACAGUCGAUGCAUCACCUUUGAACAUUUAAACUGUUAUUGAAAAUCAGACCUAGGUUGAAAUGAAGUAAUCAUGGUAUGUUUCUGCCACUGUACUUCUGUCCUGUGGUGUCCUUAUUGAAAGAUCCAGUUUGUAAGAUUUUGAUUUUAUAUAUAGUUUCUGUAGAUACUUGUGUUAAACCAUAUUUAUCCGGAAUUAUCAUAAAAAUCUUAAUUUUAGAAUAUUCCUCUUUACAAAUUUAUACCAAAACGUUUUUUAUCCAAAUAUCUUUUUCCUUUAAUAUGUAUCUUGCUUGUAUCUUAUUUCUUUAACAACAUACGUUAUAGAGGAUUUUUCUUAAAAUGUGAUUUUGUAUUGGAACUGGAUGAUUGGGAGGCAUUGACCUUAAUAUUGUGGAAAUUGUUUUGGGUGUUUUGUUCACAAUUUAAAACAGAGAUGCCCUCAUAUUAUGAAGUAGAAUUUUAGGAUGUAACAAUCACACUGAUCCCAGGUUGUGAUUUACCUGGUCCGUACAAGUGUAAAAUUUGCAAUUUCAUAACUAUACACAGUGCUUUAUUACAGUCCUAUAUGACAUCUUUCAUAGCUUUCUUGAACAUGUAACAUGGUUUCGAUACCGAAGUUUUCACUUGUGAUGAACCAGUUGCUAUUGAUGGUAUGUUUCCAUAAAUGUUAUCCAACUCUUUAACAUGUUUGAAAAUAAUUUACAAAUAUAUGUGCAGUGUUCUCCAUUUAACGAAGAAGCCCUGCUGGAAAACUUUAUGGCAUAACUUGAUGGGAUGUAAGAUAAGUGAUGCCUAGAAGUUGUCGUGUUCAGGCUGAGGGUGCAAAAUUUAUUUCUAAUGAUACUUCUGCACAAAAAUGGUCCAAGGAAUAUAUAUAUGUAUCAUGUACUAGAAUUGUUGUUGUAGAAAAAUGGGAAAUGCUUUACACUUUUUUGUUUACUUUAUGUAGAAUCCAUUGUGCUUACAGAAAGUGCUCUUUAUAACUUUGAAAAUGCCAUUUGCUCCAUAAGAUAUGUACCUAUUGAAUGCUUUUCCACCAAAAAGCAUUUCUUCAUAUGUUUUGUUUUAGUUUUAAAAGGAGGCGCCCUACCUAUUUAAUGCGUAAAGUUGCAGAGUUUAACUUAAAUCCUGUCUAAACAAAGGGAAAAAGCACCUUGCUCAACUCCUUGAAGUUUGAUCGAUCACUUGUGGAUCUUGUAUCUUAAAAUUGCUUUACUUGGCAGUGGUUUAUGGUAAACGAAAAAUGAAAUGUAUUUGAUUGUAACUGGUUGUAUUUUCACUUUCUUUAAGUUUCUUGCGACCCUUACCAACUACAAUUCUAUUUUUCAAGGGCUAAAUAUCCAAAUGUUAGCAAUUAUUUGAAUCCGAAAUAUCUAUGUAGGAAUUAUCAAAAUUAAAAAUACACAUAUGAGAUUUGAGAAGCGUUGUACGUUUUAAUUAGACUCAAAAUCUUGUUGAAAUUCUAAAAAAAAAACAAAAUUGAAUGCUAAUUUAAACUCAAAAACUUGUAUGUUAAACAACAGACUAUUUAAACGUUUUAACCUAGAAUAGGCAAAUAUUUUGUGAUUUUGUUUCACGGUAGUGACUUGAAUCCCC